AUGACGUCCACCAAUACAGAUAUUAAUAACAACUAUUAUAAGAAAUCGACCACGAAUACAUUUAAUAAGAUGCCGAUAAACGGCGGUAACUCUAAUGGCUUGCAUUCAGACGAGCCCAAACUUUACAUAAGCAAACUGCCUGCCAAUAUGACUGAGGACGAGGUGAUAGGCAUUUUCAAUAACGUCAAUAACGUCAAUAACGUAGCUUACAAUAAUAUAGCUUACCAUAAUGUAAAGCCAAUUAAAGUCGAUAUCAAAAAUCGCGUACUUCACUUUGCAAAUCGCAACAUCGAGCUAGGUCUAGUGCUAGAUAAGAUUAUUGUUGAUCCCGAAAAGGCUUACGCACUCUACAAUAAGUCCGACCAAUGGAGCUUACAUUUGACUGAUCCCAAUAUCGAACAAGAUCCACAACCGACUGCUUGUGUUUUGGAAGUCAAGCAGUUUCCACCAAAGAUAGAUUUGUAUGAACAAUUUCGGAAAUACGGUCCUAUAUACUCUUUGAAAAUUCCAAGCAAGGGAAGAGCUUAUAUCCAAUAUUUUCAUAAAGCUAACGCUGAAGAAGCAGUGAAUAAAAUGUCUCCAUUUUCGCCUGCGAGUAGCUACAGCAGUUCGCAAACUGCGCCACAACCACAAUCACCCGGUCCUGAGGGUCCUUUGGUAGAUCCGUGUAAUCUUUUUAUAAAGAAUUUAGACGCAAAUAUUACAAGUAGUGAUCUUUUUAAUCAUUUCCGUAAAUAUGGGCGAAUCAUCAGUGCCCGAGUUAUGAGAGAUCAGGAAACCAACACGUCUAAAGGUUUCGGAUUUGUAAGUUAUACCACUGCUGAAGAGGCUGAUCGGGCUAAGCAGUCAAUGAAUAAUAAAACCCUCGGGACAAAACAAAUUUACCCUAUCAAUGCGGUCAAUGAAUAUGACCAAGAAACGCUUUCUGGACUAGCGCCCAAAGCACGAACCGAAAUUUUGAGUUCUGAAUUGCAAAAACGGUUUAAAAAUAUCGCAGUCCCGCAAGAAGAAGUUGGUCCUAUUAUUGAACAUCUAUUGAAAAUGAAAAUCCACGAAGUGUUGCAUAUUCUUAAAGAUCCACCUGCAUUGACACAAAAGAUUCACGAAGCGCGAGCUUCUCUCCAAAUGGAAAAGAAGCAACGUCGUGGUUCUGAUGAUCCCGUGCAACCAAGCACACCAAGUGCUUCAGCUUCGUAUACAUCGGCAGAACGUGAAAAGUUAACAGAACAAAGAGCGUACAUUAUGCUACUUCAAUCCUGA